AUGGCGUCCUUCCCUCCGGCCACAUCUCCCCAAAAGGCCUGCCUGUUCCCAUACUCAUGCGUGCACUUUAGGUUCGAGGAUGGAGAGGUCACUAGAUAUGGCGCCGGCGAAUCAUGGCGGCCCUUUCCCCGCGGCGACCAUUCCCCCCGGAGAGCCCGCAGCCCACCUCCCCCCCGAGACCGUGACCGCGACCGCGACUGGGACCGCGAUCGCGAUCGCGAGCGAGACAGGGAUCGAGACCGUGACCGAGAUCGAGACGUCAGAGAUCGUGGCAGGGACAGAGAGCGGCCGCGGAGCCCGCCCCUCAUCUCGGACAGCUACGUGCCUGGCCGGUCUCCGGGGCGGCCUGGCCGCUCGCCGCCGCCGAGAAUGGGUCGUUCACCGCCGAGACCUGGGAGAUCACCACCGAGACCUGGGAGAUCGCCCCCGAGGCCUGUGAGAUCACCCCUCAGACCUGGAAGAUCACCUCCGAGGCUUGGGAGGUCACCGCCGAGGCCUGGUCGAUCGCCACCAAGACCAGGAAGGUCACCGCCGCGCCCCAGGUCGCCGAUGAGGCGUGACAACAGGGACAGACCGUUUGAGCGACGGGACGACAGAUCGCCCAAUGAAGAAGGGCUCCCUGGGGCCUCGUUGGCGGAUUCCGGGCCCGUUCGCGAAGCCCAAGCCGUCGCGGGGCAUCUGGGAAAUCUUCUCCUCACCCACAACCUGCGCGACCUCGCUCGCGUCCCCACUCUCGAGAACGGGAACGAACCUCCGCCUCCUGCUGCCUCGGCCGCCCGAUCGCCGUCCCGUGGCAAGUCGCCUCCUCGCGGCAAGACGCCCCCACGCGGACCAGCCGCUCUGCGCGCGCCACCCACCGGGCCUGCAGCCAGCCGAAACUUCACCGCACCCGCAGCUUCGCCAUCCUCCACUCCUGCCCCUCGGGCCCAGCCAGCCCCCAGUGGCCCUCCGCCGCGCGCCGAAGUCACGAGCCCGACCAUUCCUCCCGCCGGCCCGCGAGGCUACGUCGCGCAGCCCCGAGGCGGUAGCUUCAGCAACCGCGGCCGCGGGAGCUGGUCCAACGGACCCCCUCCCCCACGGCACGCCCCCAUCACUUCGCCCUCGCCCACGCUCGGCCAGGGCAACGGCCCCAGCAGCAUCCCCACCGGCCCGCGCUCUAACCCUGCCAACUCGUCCGGCCCCCCGACGCCCUCGAUGACCUCGAAGCCCUUCAACCCACCCACGGGUCCCUCUGGGGGUGGCAGCGGCGGCGGAGGCGGAAGCGCACAGCACAACGCGCGCCCGACCCUCGCGCAGAGCAUGCUCGCCGGCAUGCCGCCCAUCAUCCCCGGCGGCAAGAUCGACCCGGCCAUGCUGCCCACCAGCCUCGGCGUCACGCGCGAGCUCGAGUCGCACUACCGCAAGCUCAAGGCUGAGGAGGAGAAGCUGCGCCACGAACUCGACGCCAAGCAGGACAAGCUGAGGCAGGGCCUCGCCGUGUGGGACAGGCUCGAGCUCGAGAGCAAGGCGUGGAAGACGAGGGUCGACUUUAACGAGCAGAGCAUGAUGGGUCUCACGGAGGGGCCAGCCUUUUAGGGGCUUGGCCUGGUUGUACUCCUUGUGCACUCGACCUCUGCCGUGCUGGACCCUCGCCUCCUCCGGUUCUGUUGGAUGACAGGCUGGUGGGGUUGUACGAGAUUUGUAAAUCUGGAUGAAGCGCCAGAGUUGGUCCUCGGGACGGAGAAGAGUCGCUCGGGUGUGGUUGGAAACAACAAGCUGAGGGACACUAUUGUAGGACUAGAUAUGGAUGGUUAUCCACGCCGACGAUACCCCAAUGAUGGUUAAUACUCGUACAAUCUCUCCUG